AGCAAAUGCCACUCCCACACACACCUAUACGGCGAAGCAGUGAACCAGACAACAAAAGGCUCAAGUCAGGACUGAAAAAUACACAUUAUUCUCUCAGUUUUAAUCUGUUUCUCUCUCUACGAAUCAAAUCCAAACUGUAUCAUUCUCUCUCUCUCUACCCAAUGUUUUCGAACCCUUUUCAUACCUAAUUUAUCAUUUGUUUUCUAUUUUCCUUUUUUUCACUUUUUGUGGGUUUAUUUGAAGAUGGAAAUUGAACAGAACCAAGCAGAGCACAUCGAGUACUUUGUCAAGCAAGCCUCGAACCACAGGGGCUCGUCUCUUGCCAACGUCGUCGUUGAAGCCACUUCGCAUCCUUCUCUCUUCGCCUUCUCGGAGAUUAUUGCCGUUCCCAACAUUCUCGAGCUUCAGGGAACUGAGAAUUCUGUAUACCUUGAUCUUCUUCGUUUGUUUGCCCAUGGUACAUGGAGUGAUUACAAGAGUAAUGCUGGUCAGCUUCUGCAAUUAGUGCCUGAUCAAAUCCUCAAGCUAAAACAACUUACUGUGCUCACUCUGGCUGAGACAAACAAGGUACUUCCCUAUGAUGUACUAAUGCAGGAAUUAGAUGUUACAAAUGUACGCGAGCUUGAAGAUUUUCUUAUCAAUGAGUGCAUAUAUGUGGGCAUAGUUAGAGGAAAGCUGGAUCAGUUUCGAAGAUGCUUUGAGGUGCAGUUUGCAGCUGGAAGGGACCUGAGACCUGAACAACUGGGGAAUAUGAUACAAACGUUAACGAACUGGAUGGCUACAUCAGAAAAUGUACUUAUCUCAAUUCAAGAGAAGAUAAAAUGGGCAGAUACCAUGACUGAGUUGGACAAGAAACACAGAAAGGAUGCUGAAGACAGAAUGGAAGAAGUAAAAAUGUCGCUCUCCCACAAGAAGUUACACACUGUAAGCAGGCUGACAGCUUCCGAGGUCAUGAGGAGAUCUGCUAUGAACUAGUUGGAGUGAUGGUUAUGAGGAAAGCCGACAAGAGGAGGUGACAUCCCAAUAGUUUGAAGAGAUGUAGAGUGGGAUCCUUAGGAUGCUUCGUCAGUCAACUAGCCAGUUUUGCUCAUGGCGUUCUGGAAAAAAAACAGAUUGCCGGUUUUGGAGAUUUUAAUCUAUUUUAAAUUGAUUUGUCUGCCAAUUUUAGGCUUGAAUUUUUGACAUUGUGAGUUUGUAUUAAACCCAAUUGUCAUUCCUUUUGAGUCAGCUUGGAGUAUAUCAGAUGAUGUGCUUUUUUAUCGUGAGACGUGGCUAAAUCUUUUUACCAAGUCAAUGCACAAGAGUGUUAAAUUUGUGUUUCAUGAUGUUGCACUUCAUCCCACUCUCUUCAAUUAUAAAAAUAGGUGUUAUGGGGAUCUAAAUUGCUUCAUUCCUCAAA